AAAUAGGUAUGUUGUUUUAUUUUAAUAUCAAAUUAUGGGCAUAUUUCACAAUUUACUAAAAGUACUGUAAAUCUUUUCGUCCAUUUUUUUUGUUGUGUAUUUGACAAAAACGUAACGAUGACUGCAACACUCGCAAUGAGUUUAGAAACAUAUUAUCAAUGCUAAGUAGUCCAACUCGUUAAAAUCCAGGAAUGGCGAACGAAAUGAAUCAAAUAACUUGAUGUGAAAAUUCGAAUUUUACUGUUAAAUUCUCAAAAUGGGAAAUAAACUGAUUAUCAUCUCGUCCCAGAAUCAUCGAUCUGUAAACUACUAUAAGCUCACCUCCGACGAGCAAGCUCUUCUUAGAAAAGUCUGGUGUGGCGUGGAAAACAAUCCUCAGUUCCAUGGAAGUUCCUUCUUUCUGGAAUUCUGCAAGCUCCAUCCUCAAUACACCAAGUAUUUUACGACAAUGCCUCAGAUCCCAAUAAAUUUCGAUGGUCGAAAUGUCGCGAAGUUUACAGUUAUCAUGGAGACAAUAGGCUACUUGAUAUUGGAUUAUCACAGCAAGCCAAAGCAAUUGGAUCAGCUAGUUGGAUACGUAGCAAUGGUGCAUAAGGAUAUGGGUCUUCGUCGUCAAGAUAUGUUGAAUUUUGGAUCAUAUCUGAUUCAAUACCUAUGCAAGGCAUUUCCGUUAUCAAUGAACGAUGCGUGUCUCGACGUAUUUAGUAAAUAUUUUAACAGUAUUCUGAUGGAAAUGGCAUUAAAAAUGGAGGAAUUCCUCAAAGAUGAUAGGUUAAAUGCAUCAGACGACGAAAAAGGUGACAAUAAAACUAUUGACAAUGCACAUCCAAAAGAAAACGUAAAGGGGGCGGUUUCAAUGUUUUCAGCAGCAAUGGCCACCACAUCCGAAAAUCCAGAUAUUCUGGACGCCGGAAAAAAAGGAAAUGAAAGAGAAACAAUAAGAACGAGCCGAAAGAGAGGUCCUACAUUACGAAUGCUGUGUGGCCAUUGGUCGACCUGUAGAAACAAUUUAGUAUACGGUCAAAGUUUACACUAUUGGAAGGACAGAAAGAAAGAAUGGGACAACCGGUUAAAACAAUGGAACUUUUUAAGUACAUCAAAUUAUACAAAUCCGAAGAUUCAAAUUUCAACGAGCGAAGACGAAGAAACUUCAGCUUAUAAAUCAAAGACAGAGGAUGAAACUGCGUCCGAAGUGGCGGACAUGCGUAUUUCACCACCAAAAAUAUGGCAAUUGACAGUUGCGGAAAGUCAAGAUACUCAGGAGGCGAAAGAUGAAUUAAAAGAACUUUUAAUGGAACAGAAAAUUGAACAAACGGAAUCGAUUAAUGUGUCCCACAUUAUUAGUAGCAAGUCGAUACGAAAUUCAGACAUAAUAAAGCUAAGUUCAGUGCCCGAAGACGUAAAUGAAAUCCUCGAAGAGAGUUCGACGCCGCGAGAACGACGUCGUGCUCGCAGUUACCUAGGAAAUAAUAUUCGCUAUCGCAAUACCCCUCCAAGUUUGGAAUUUCAUAAUGUAAAAAAGAACAUCUCCGUCAAGUCUCAAAAACCAGAGGAUCCUCAACAGAAUGAAAAGGUUAUGGAUUCGCCGUCGACGGCGCAGGUGUCGGUACAAUCAGCUCGUCAAAGACGUCGCGAAAGUCGUGAACCAUCGUUACCUUGAAACUGACUUUAUUAUUCGCUCUCUCGCCGAAUAUCGGUAUUUACAGAGGACACUUAUCAAUUCUGUAAAUAAGCGUGUAUCCAGUAUCUAUUGCAUGUCCU